AUGGAGGAGAGCAUGGAAGAGGAGGAGGUGCUCGCCUACGAGGCCAUGAUGGACAACCAGAACCACAACAACUGGGAGGCCGUCAUGGACGGCUUCCGGCAGCCGCUGCCCCCUCCGUCGAUUGCAGACCUUGGCCACGAGCCUCCGGGGGCUCAGCUGCUGGCCGUGCCCGCGGUGUCCAUGGACAGGAAAGGCCCCAAGGAGGGGCUCCCGAUGGGCCCACGGCCUCCGCCCGAGGCCACCGGGGUGAUCAUGAUGGUGAAGGGCUGCGACGCCGUGGCCAAGGCGGCCCCCGCCCCCCGCUCCACCAUCAACAUCAACAACUCCACCUCCAAGUUCCUAAUGAGUGUUAUAACUAUUGACGAUUAUAAGAGCACAUAUUGGCCAAAAUUGGACGGUGCUACUGAUCAACUUUUAACCCAGAGUCCUGGUGACUAUAUCCCCAUAUCCUAUGAACAGAUUUACAGUUGCGUGUACAAGUGUGUGUGCCAGCAGCACUCGGAGCAGAUGUACAGUGAUCUGAUCAAAAAGAUAACUAAUCACUUAGAAAGAGUGUCAAAGGAGCUACAGGCCAGCCCUGCAGAUCUGUAUAUUGAAAGAUUUAAUAUAGCUCUGGGGCAGUAUAUGGGAGCAUUGCAGAGGAUCGUGCCUCUUUUCAUAUAUAUGAAUACAUUUUACAUUGAAACCAAGCUUAACAGAGACUUAAAAGAUGACCUUAUAAAGCUGUUUACGGAACACGUUGUAGAUAAGCACAUUUAUAGUCUGAUGCAAUGGGUUCAGAUGGCUCCAACCUUGUUUUCUAAAUUUAUUCCAAACAUCCUUCCUCCAGCGAUGGAAUCAGAACUUUCUGAGUAUGCUGCUCAAGACCAGAAGCUUCAAAGAGAGCUCAUAAAGAAUGGAUUCACCAGAGGCGACCAGUCCCGGAAGAGAGCUGGGGAUGAGUUGGCUUAUAACAGCUCAUCCGCAUGUGCAAGUUCCAGGGGGUACAGAUAGUGACUGCUGAAUGUACUUUCCUCCCCAAGAGAGGACACACUGGAGCUGCAGAAACUGUUCAGGCGCAGUGGGCCUGCACCACUCAGGAGCUAUCACAGGCUG